UGUGACAGACAAGUCUGCAGCUAGCGACAGUCUCCGAAGAAGUUAAGCAAAGUAGUAGAGAAAGGCGUUAAAUCAAAGCCGUACCUACCAAAACCUCGAGAUUCGCAGUCGCAGAUUAAGUUAGACAGUAUUAGGUCGAUGGCCCAGGAUGUUGUGGAGCCCGUGUCGCUGGAAGAGCCCCGCGAUAAGGAGAAGAUGGAGGGGGCGACAGAUGACAACAAGCCGUCCGUCUGGGAACAUGAUCCGCUGGCCAAGAUCCCUAUCAAGGUGUUGCGUCACCAUACGGGCCCCAUCAGCAGUUGCCAGCUAGCCUUUAGCGACCAGAAGCUAAUCACCUCCUCACACGACAAGACUGCCAUCCUCUGGGAUGUGGAGUCUGGGCGUCCGGUGCGUGUGUUUAAAGAAGGCCACACUGCUCCCCUCACACAGUGCUGUAUAGACCCACACCACAACAGGCUCAUCACUGCAUCCUGGGACAAGACUCUGCAGGCCUGGGACUUGGAGACAGGACAGACUCUGUGGUCUUCUCUGCACGGUGGCCUGUUGACGUCGUGUAGUGUGUCUGGCGAUGGGAAGUUGGUCGCCUCAGCAUCAGAUAUGGAGAACGCGCUGUACCUCACCGACACACACACCGGGAAACAGAUAUCUUACACACGAGGUCACCACAGCUCCACGGUGACGCGUUGCUGCUUCGACCCUCAGGAUCGUCAUGUGGCCACCGUGUCAUCAGAUCGCAGCAUCAAACUCUGGGACACACACACACGACACACCACCAUCAACAUCAACAGUUGCCACAUGGGUGUGGUGUCGUGUGUGUGCUUCACUAGCGAUGGUCGCUACGUGUGUACGGGCUCGUGGGACAAGACGCUGCAGCUUUGGGACGUCGCUACCGGAACAUUCCGAUCGCACGGAUCCGUCACACACGCGCUACGACACGAGGGGUGUGUCAGCGCAUGCAGCUUCUCAAACGACGCGUGUGUGUUGGUGUCGGGGGGGUUUGAUCGCAGCGUUGCUGUUUGGGACAUGAAGGCCAUCUGCAGACUGCUACUGCUCAAGGGCCAUAUGGACUGGGUAACAGAUGUAGCGAUUACUGCAGACAAGAAGUGGGUAGCUUCCUGCUCUAAGGACUGCACGGUACGUCUGUGGAACAUCGAACAGACAGAAGACAUUCCAGUCGUCAUAGAAACACGACGUACACAGGGAGAAGGAUACCAGAUAGUCAAGUGUGAAGAGUGCGCGAGGUCCUUCUCCCUCUUCCGCGUGGAGUCGGAUCCGACCACCAAGUGUGUGUUGUGUCGCCUCAAGUCGCCGAACAAAUACAUCCCCGAGCCGCCACCGUGCAACUGAAGAACACACAGAGAUUUAUGUGGAAGUUAAACUGUGGAAUAGCUCAUAAACGCUGUGUAGACGUGGUA